CCUUCAUUUGUAUCACAAGCGCCAUUAUCAUGCUUCGAUUAUCAUAGAGUCAUUCCCAGAUUAUUAAUUUAAUAUAUUGUUGCACAAAUUGAGAAAGUCAAGACAAAAUGAGCGAUUUGUCAGAAAUAUCAGAUGAUGAAUCAGGAACGCAAGUCCAGAAUCAACGACAGGAGAAGGGUAUCAAGAGAAGCAGAGCAGAACUACCAAACUUUGAUAGUGAGGAGGACGAUGAUCUUCAACACGAUGGUCUGGCUGACAGUAUAAGUUCAACAGAUGACAUCCAACCGCCUCCUUUCAGACAGUCUUCAGGGAAUACUCGACACUUGUCAGUUAACCAAGUUUUAAAUCAAAUUGAAGAUGAGGAUAAUGCCAGUGAUGAUGACAGUACAAGUAUGGAAACUGCUCCAUAUACAUGUAGUUCCACCCCAGCUAGGCAGACAGUCACAGCAGCAGUGCAUAGAGCUGAUUUAACACCUCCAGUUCAAACAGCCCGCAGGUGUCAAGAACCAGUUGCAAGAAUGCUCAACCGGCCUGCAUCAUCAUCACACAGUGCAACUACACCAAGUACGAGACACUCUGUUAACACAUCCACACCAUCACCAAACAUGACAAAAGGAACAUCAAGUACACAACAACUCUUGCUGAAAGUAUUAGAAAAUCAGCAAGAGAUUCUUAAAAGAAUAAAGACCAUUGAAAUGGAAAUAAAGAUUAAAAAAACAACUGAAAAGCCAGUUGAUAUUAAAGUGCCAAAUGGAAUGAAGAAUGCUGUUAAAGUUGGGUAUAAAGAAGGUGUACGGCAAGGUUUGAAAUGGCAGUUUGAAGGAAAACGGGUAAAUGAUGCUGACAACAGGGAGAUGUCUGAUUACAUUAUCAAUUUUGUUAAAGGUUGGAACUCAGCCUAUUCAGACCAGACUGUAAUUAAUUGUGCCUUGUCAAGAUACUUUUUGACAAAGAGACAAGAGGAGACAGCCAUAAAGAAAGACAGAUUAGACGGAGAGAAGAAAAGGAGAGCAGCAUAUGAAAGGAAAAAGGAGAAAGCAAAACGGAGACUAUGUGCUUUAGACAAAAUGGAGCUAGGUAUGAACAAGAAGGCAAAAAUAAUGGAAGUCAUGAAGCCCGCUUACAUGUCUUCAGAUGAGGAGAAUGGCCAGGAUGGGUUCAUAACUCAUCAACCAUCCUGGCAGUCCAGUAAAUUCAAGGACUACAAGGCAAAACUUGACAUUGCGUACAAAAAUGUGUGUUCAAAGGCCAGUUUAAGGCUUUUACAGAAAAGGACAAUUGGCAAUCAAAGCCAAAAGGAUGUGCCUCAGUUGCCUGAAAAUUGCCAGUGGAUUGUCCAAGAUACGGAGCCACAGAGUAUUGGGAAUUAA